UUUACGGUAGAUGAGAAUUUCUUGCUGUUGCAGAUAGGAAGACUUCUUCUCAGGAAAGUAAUCUCAGAUGUGAUGGCAAUACCGUAUAGUGACGUGAAGCUUGGUAGAACAGAGAAAGGGAAGCCAGUUCUCGAAAAUCAAGUAACAGAUCCAAGAUUAAAAUCUUUUAGCUUUAAUAUCUCACACCAGGGAGAUUUUACAGUUCUAGCAGCUGAGCAAUGCAGACAAGUUGGUAUUGAUGUAAUGAAGACAGUUUAUCCCAGCGGCACAGACGUUCCUGGUUUCUUUCAACUUAUGAGAAAACAGUUUACUCCAGCUGAGUGGCUUACAGUUAAAAGUGAGAAAACUGAAUGGGAACAAUUAGAAAUGUUUUACAGACACUGGUGUCUUAAAGAAAGUUAUGUAAAAGCCGUUGGUGUUGGGAUAGGCCAUGACCUUCAAGCUAUUGAAUUUAACCUACAAACACAGAAGCUUUCAAAACAGAUGAUAACAUGCGAUAGUGCACUCUGUCUUAAUGGUCAAAAAGUUGACAAUUGGACCUUUGAAGAAACAAAGCUUGAUGAUUUGCACCAGGUUGCUGUUGCAGUUGGRCCAAUAACUAGUGAGACCAUAUCCAGAUUUGAAAAGACUGAAUUUCAAAUUCUUACAUUCAGUGAGUUGAUCUCUAAUGCUGUUUCCAUUAGACAUAUCAGCGAAGACGAGUGGGAAACGUUUGGUCUGAAGAGGGAAACACGUGUCAGAUAAGACCUUCGGAACAUGUUUUAUUGACGGGCUGCCUGUGCGCUAUCCAAUGCACGAAGACAGACGCUAAAAAUUGUGAAUAAUGAUUUGAUAUAUGUAUUUAGGAGGAGCCGACGG